AUGGCCAGACCUUACGAAAUGAUUGACAUGCUAUGGCAACCUCCCCCAUGGGACGGCGCACCUGUUGACCGAAACCUUCCCGAGUAUGCCAAUUGCUACAGCCACUGGGGCUUCACUGUCUAUCGAAGUUUUUACAGCCCUGAGUCCGACAAGCAAUGGGAAGUAUUGCUUGAUACCAUGAAUCGGCAAACCCAGCUUGCGCUAGGUUACUACGGCGACGAAGACUGGACCGAGGAGGUGAUGUGGCAACAGGAUAGGCGUGUCUCACCAGUAUCACAAUACAAGAGCGAAGAGGCCUAUAAGCGCGACGUGAAACGACUUCAGGAACUGUUUUAUCUUGACACCCGCGAGGAUCCUUCUCUUGACGGACUGAGUGUUCGUCAGAUCCGCGAAGUGUGCGUUCGAGAUCCGCCUGAAAAUGAAGAGACUAUGGCUGGGUAUAAAUUCCGUUAUGUUCUCCUCGCAGAUAAAGCAGUUUUUAAAGCUAUGGAAAAGGGAGAGUUUGUCAUUAAAGUUGUUGCGUAUGACUGGGAAGAAGACGGCGAGUAUUGGGGCUGGAUGAGGAUUCCAACAGGCUAUCUACUUGACUUUUGGCAUGCUCUCAUGCGGCAGGAAGAUUAUGUACAUAGGGUCAUACGCUUCGACGGACCAGAAGAGGAUCUUGAACAAUAUGUUUGGCCUGGUGGCGUCCACCUUGACGGUACGGGCAGCUACUCUGAAGUACGGCAGGGGAUUCACUAUGAAGGCCAGAGGAACUUGUUCAAGAUGGGAAGCAGGACUAAAUAA